AUGACGUCACUGUAUCCCUCCGCCAGCCAGGACCCCUUUUUUGUGUGUGUGUUGUCGGUCCUGUGUAUAUCCACCCGCAACUAUACAUAUAAUUUUUUUUUAAAUCUUGAAGCGAGCGCGGCUGGGGGGAAGGAGAGGCUCAUGCGCGCCGCUCUCGCCUCCCGCUCCCUUCGCCCUUCUCCGCGGGGCUGCAGGGGGGGUGUGCCCCUUUAAGAACGGGGACCAGCCCGCCUCGGCUGAGGAGCAGCAGGAGGAGCGGGAGGGGGCACCGACGCCCGCCCAGAGACGGCAAGGAUGGCGGACACGGAUCUGUUUAUGGAAUGCGAGGAGGAGGAAUUAGAGCCCUGGCAGAAAAUCAGUGACGUGAUCGAGGACUCCGUGGUUGAAGAUUACAAUUCAGUUGACAAAACAGCAACGGUUUCGGUGAGCAUGCAACCUGUCGCCACUCCGAUGCCGAUCGUUGCCCACGCAUCCAUCGGUGGCAGCCUCUCCACGUCCACUGUCAGCAGCAGCGGGCCGGUUAACAGCGAUGGGACGAAGAAGACGCUCGUCACGCUAUUUGCAAACAACAGCGCCGGCACUCCUCUGGUUCAGCAAGGGGGACAGCCGCUAAUCCUCACUCAGAACCCCACCUCCAGCCUCAGCACGGUGGUCACCCAGCCAGUCCUCCGGCCUGUGCAGGUGAUGCAGAACGCCAACCACGUCACCAAUGCCCCAGUGACCAGUCAACCAAUCUUCAUCACCACCCAGGGUUUCCCUGUGCAGGGCAACGUCCACCGCCUGUGCAGGAACAAUUCCAUGAAUCAGGUGGGAAUUGUUUUGAAUGUACAGCAAGGCCAGACAGUGAGGCCCAUCACCCUAGUCCCAGCCCCAGGUACCCAGUUUGUGAAACCCGCUGCUGUCGGCGUCCCUCAGGUCUUCUCCCAAGUGGCCCAGGUGAGACCAGGACCGACGAUGCCGGUCCGACCGCCCUCCAACACUUUCACUACGGUCAUUCCCGCCACCCUUACCAUCCGGAGCACGGUACCGCAGUCCCAGGCGCAGCCGCAAAGUAAGUCCACUCCCAGCACCUCCUCUUCUGCCACUUCAACGCAGCCAGCAGCACUGGGACAGUUAACUGUACAGCAGCCAGGGCAGCCCUCUCAAGCUACUAACCCCAAAUUAGUGAGCAUUGCCAGCUUCGUGACGGUGAAAAGGCCCGGGGUAACGGGCGAGAACAACAACGAGGUGGCAAAGCUGGUGAACACAGUGAACACCAUCCCUUCGCUAGGCCAGGGCUCAGGACCCAUCGUGGUCUCCAACAACAGCCCCGCCCAUGGCUCCCAGAGAGUGACUGCGUCCGACGCCUCAUCCCUGAAAGUCAGUUCUUCGCCGAUCCCCGCCUUCGAUUUGCAGGACAGUGGCAAGAAAGUCUGUCCGAGGUGUAACUCCCAGUUUAGAGUCACUGAAGCUUUAAGAGGCCAUAUGUGCUACUGCUGCCCCGAAAUGGUGGAAUUCCUCAAGAAAGGGAAGCCCUCCGAGUCUGAACCAAAUAUCCAAUCCCCCAAGCCCUCCUCCCCAGAGAAGAACGCCGCCGUCGCCUCACCCCCGUCCUCCACCCCCAUCCCCACGCUCUCGCCGCCGGCCAGGAUGUCCGAGCAAAAUGACGGCACGGGCGACGUGACGCAGAGCAAGCUGAUCAUGCUGGUGGACGACUUCUACUACGGCAGGGACAGCGGCAAAGCGGGCCAGCUGCUGAAUUUCCCCAAGGUGCCAACGUCCUUCCGGUGUCCGCACUGUACCAAGAGGCUCAAGAAUAACAUACGGUUUAUGAAUCACAUGAAGCACCAUGUCGAACUGGAUCAGCAGAACGGGGAAGUGGACGUCCACACCAUCUGCCAGCACUGUUACCGGCAGUUCAACACUCCCUUCCAUCUGCAGUGCCACUUGGAAAACGUGCACAGUCCGUACGAGUCGACCACAAAAUGCAAGAUCUGCGAGUGGGCAUUUGAGAGCGAGCCCCUGUUCCUGCAGCACAUGAAGGACACCCACAAGCCAGGAGAGAUGCCCUACGUCUGCCAGGUCUGCCAGUACCGUUCCUCGCUCUACUCACGGUGGACAAACCAUUUCCAUAGCGUCCUGCGAAGACCUGUGGCAUCCUCCCUCUGCCCUUACUGCCUCCAAGAGAGUCUUCCAAGAGCUGGCAAUGCUUUCCAGCAGCAUUUCAUGAGGCAUCAGAAGAAGAGCGUCUACCACUGCAACAAAUGCCGACUUCAGUUCCUCUUUGCCAAGGAUAAAAUUGAGCACAAGCUGCAGCACCAUAAAACUUUCCGCAAACCCAAACAGUUGGAGGGGCUGAAACCAGGCACCAAGGUGACCAUCCGGGCAUCUAGAGGUCAGCCCCGGACGGUGUCCCUCUCCUCCAACGACAUGUCCUCAAGCCUCGCGCAGGACGCCAGCAUGAUGUCGGCUUCUUCGGACCCUCAGCCCAACUUCCCGUACCCGCCAUUCCAGAGGAACAUCCAGAAAAAAGCCGUCAGGAAAAUGAGCGUCCUCGGCAGACAGACGUGCCUGGAAUGCAGCUUCGAGAUCCCGGAUUUCCCCAACCACUUCCCCACCUACGUCCACUGUUCGCUGUGCCGCUACAGCACCUGCUGCUCACGGGCCUAUGCCAACCACAUGAUCAACAACCACGUUCCUCGCAAGAGUCCGAAGUAUUUGGCCUUGUUCAAAAACUACACUGCCUGCGGGCUGCGGCUGGCCUGCUCCGCCUGCCUCUUCGCAACGUCCGAAGGCGACGCCAUGGCCAAGCACCUGGUCUUCAACCCCUCGCACGAAUUCAGCACCGUUGUGAUCCGAGGUAUUACCUGGACUCCACUUCCAAGGCUCAGCCAACCUUUGGACAGAGCUGUGAAGGCACCAAGUUCUACUUACUCCCCAAGCAAAGUUGCUACUGUGAAUACACCAUCUCCUCCACCGGAGGAAGAGAAGGACCAGCCCGCCCCAGAGGAGGAGCCUAAGGCCGUCGAGGAGCCUGUCGCUGCCCCAGAGGAAGAGUGCGUAAACGUGGAAGAAGACCACGAGGAGGAGGAAGAGGAGGAGCAGCAGCAGCAGCCGACAAAGGAGCCGCCCGAACCGGUCAGCAAAAAGGAGCAGCUGUCCUUGAAGAAACUCCGGGUGGUCCUCUUUGCUUUGUGCUGCAACACGGAGCAGGCGGCGGAACACUUCAAGAACCCUCCCAAGCGAAUCCAGCGCUGGCUGAGGAGGUUUCAGGCCUUCCAGGAGGAGAACAUGGCGUCCUUGUCCGAGGGCAAGUACCUGAGCUUAGAGGCUGAAGAAAAGCUGGCGGAGUGGGUCCUGACGCAGCGCGAGCAGCAGUUGCCGGUCAACGAAGAGACCCUCUUCCAGAAGGCGACGAAGAUCGGGCGGUCCCUGGAGGGGGGCUUCAAGAUCUCCUAUGAGUGGGCGGUGCGGUUCAUGCUCCGGCACAACCUCAGCACCCACAACCGCCGGGCGGUGGCUCACCCCCUCCCGAAAGACGUCGAGGAAAGCGUCAGCUGCUUCAUCGAGUUCGUGCAGCGGCAGAUUCACACCCAGGACCUGCCGCUCUCCAUGAUCGCGGCCAUCGACGAGAUCUCCCUCUUCCUGGACGUGGAAGUGCUGUCCAGCGACGACCGGAAAGAAAACGCCUUGCAAAUGGUGGGGACGGGCGAGCCGUGGUGCGACAUCGUCCUGGCCAUUUUGGCCGACGGGAGCGUCUUGCCCACCCUGGUCUUCUACCGGGGCCGCGUGGAGCAGGCCUCCAACGUGGCCGAUACGAUCAUCCUCGAGGCGAAGGAGAACGGGUAUCACGACGACGAAAUCAUGGAAGUGUGGUCCUCCAAAGUUUGGCAGAAGUACAUAGAGGGCCAGAACAGCAAAGGCAUGCUGGUCCUCGAUUGCCACCGGACGCACCUGUCGGAAGAAGUCCUCUCCAUGCUGAGCUCCGCCAGCACGCUGCCGGCCAUGGUUCCGGCCGGCUGCAGCUCCAAAAUCCAGCCUUUGGACGUUUGCAUCAAACGGACUGUGAAGAACUUCUUGCACAAAAAGUGGAAGGAGCAAGCAAAGGAGAUGGCGGACACCAGCUGCGACUCGGACAUCCUUCUCCAGCUGGUCUUGUGCUGGCUGGCCGAGGCCCUCGAGGUGAUCGGCGAUUGCCCCGAGCUCGUGCAGCAGUCUUUCCUAGUGGCUAGCGUCCUGCCCGGCCCCGAUGGCACGGCCAACACGCCCACCCGCAACGCCGACAUGCAGGAAGAGCUGAUCGCCUCGCUGGAGGAGCAGCUGAAGCUCACCCAGGAACCCUGCAACGAGACCGACCUGCCGGACGGAGUUUUGCACGAAGAUCCAGCCAACCCCGAGAUCCUCCACCAGCUGUUCGAAGGGGAGAGCGAGACGGAAUCUUUCUAUGGCUUUGAGGAUGCUGAUUUGGAGCUGAUGGAAAUCUGAAGAGCCCGGCCAACGGGGAGGAGGGUUCUUCCUUUGUUUUUAACUCCGCGUUGGACGAGGCCGUUUACACUUCCUGUGGAUUUGUGGGCGUAGGAGUUUUGUAGGUGAACACGCAGACUGAUAGCCAUUGACGCUGUUCGUUUCUUAAAGAGUUUUUUUUUGUGCUUAAUUUUUUGAAAUCACUGUGUUGGUAUUUUCUGAAGAUAUAUUGUGGGUGAAUAUUUUUUGGCAUUUUUCUUUACCUCACUGUAUUAUAGUUUCUGGGGGGUUUUUUGUUUUUGUUUUUAUAUUGUGCAAAAGGUUUUUAAUUAUACCGCAUCAUCAGUGUGACCUUUUUUGAAGACAAGGAAAACCGAUAUGUAGCUAAUGAGUUGAUAUCUCUAAAUCUUUCUCUCUCUCUCUUUUUUUGGUCUUAAUUUGUCUUAACACCAAUUAUUUUUUUCUUUAACACUUGGACCCAGAGGAGUAGGAUUCCGCAGUAACUUUAUUCUUAAAGAAAAACAAUUACUUUAACAAAAAGGAAUAUUGUAGAACUGCCCAUGGACAAUUUCAGAUUGCCUUUUUAAAUGAGAAAAAAAAUAUUAUAUGUGUGCAUCAUUGUCUGCAGGAGGAAGAGGGUGUAUCCCGCCCGUUCUUUUGCCAGCCAACAAAGUUAUUCUUUAGACUUGGUUGUACUGUAUUUUUUAAAAAAGGGUCGAUCGAAGAUGCACUCAUAGAAAGUUAUUUAGACUUCCUGGUGACUGCAUGAAUAGGUUUGCCUUCGCCCCCAGCUGAAAAGCCGUCAGUCACCUGCUUCGUGGAAUCGCUGACAACGUCGUACUAUGGGAAAGAACCAAGCCCCGUCUCGGCGGCUUUUCGGGACGGCUAAUUUGGGAGCCGACUCUGUACCGGACCACUGACUUGCUCUUUUAAAACUAUCUGUAAGCUACUGCGGCCUGCUUUUCUGCGAUGGCAUCGAGACACUACGUUCCCCGGAGGCCCAGCAGCGACAUGCACAAUGAAAGAAAACUUCUGUCUUUAUUUUCCACUGCCAGCGUCAAGAAAAAGAGGAAAACUUUUUUUCUACUACUGUUUGCAUGUUUGAGAGUUUUGUUUUUUUUAAAAAAAAAAUUGUAACGUAUUACGGUAUAAAAAAAAGAAAGCAUUUUGACAUGGCAAAAAAAUGGUGGGACCCCACCCACUACAUUUCUGUUGAGGUUUCAAGCACCUCGCUUACCCACUGUCUCUCCCCCACCCCCUACCCCCCUGGGACUUGCGGGCAGUGGGAGUUCGGGCCAGGCCGACCUGUAAAUGGUUCAUCUUUGAAAUGUACAUACGUGGAACAUUUAAUAAAGCCAGGGAAAUGGAUUUAUAAA